AUGGGUGCCAUUGAACGGAUACAUCUGCUUUCUCUCCAGGUGCUCAGUAAGAAGAAGCUGCAGGAUCUGGUGAGAGAGAUCGAUCCGAAUGAGCAGCUGGAUGAGGAUGUCGAGGAGAUGCUGCUACAAAUUGCAGAUGACUUCAUAGAGAGUGUAGUGACAGCGGCCUGUCAACUGGCUCGCCAUCGUAAAUCCAACACCUUGGAGGUGAAGGAUGUUCAAUUACAUCUUGAGCGCCAGUGGAACAUGUGGAUUCCUGGUUAUGGCUCAGAUGAGAUCCGGCCGUUCAAGAAGGCUUGCACCACAGAGGCUCACAAACAGAGAAUGGCGCUGAUCCGCAAGACAACCAAAAAGUAGCAAGACUGUACACUGAUGUGUUGUACCCACUCCGUGUAAUGUCUUUUCUUUUUCAGUUGGGAUUGUUUUGACUAAUAAGGAAGAAAGAGAUGGUUUGGGUGGGAUUUUUUUUUCCAUUAGAUAGUUUCAUUGUUAUGUCUCCCUAACGUUUGAGUGUUUUGCCAGCACCAUCACACAAUGUAAUUCUUGUCUAAUGAUUUUGUUUUGUUGCCAUUAAGCUAAGCCUGGCAGAACUCUAUUCAUUGCAUUUUUGUCAAUAAACAUUUACUGGAAUACUU